GGUUUAAUCGCCACUCUCACCAGUGAGCCUGUCAGUAUUUUGACACCCGAAGGACGGAGAGAAAGGGAACGCUAUCGAAGGAGAAAAGGUUCUCUCUGGUGGCUGUUGAAAAAUGGCUUCAGAUCCAAAAAUUCACUCAUUCGAAGAAGUGGCGAAGCACAAUCAAAUCAAAGAUUGUUGGCUUGUUAUAUCUGGAAAGGUGUAUGAUGUGACCCCUUUCAUGGAGGACCAUCCUGGAGGAGAUGAAGUUUUGCUAUCCGCUACAGGGAAAGAUGCAACCAAUGAUUUUGAAGAUGUAGGACAUAGUGAUUCUGCUAGAGAAAUGAUGGACAAGUACUGCAUUGGUACUAUUGAUGUAUCCACUGUCCCGCAAAGGCGGGUUUAUGUUCCGCCUAAGCAAGCUCCUUACAAUCCUGACAAGACCCCUGAAUUUGUGAUCAAGAUUUUGCAGUUCCUGGUCCCUCUCCUGAUAUUGGCUUUGGCCUUCGCUGUCCGACACUACACCAAGAAAGAGUAGUCCUUCAUCGCUUCCACUUGUAGGUGUCUCCAUUCUCAAUAGAGCCAUUUUACACGACAGUGUUAAUGUUUUUUUCCUAGUGUUCUUAUCAGAAACUGGAUUAAAGUUCAUUAAGCCAAUAUUUGCGAACUUAAUUUUGGCUGCAGUAUUAGUGGCAAUAUGACUGAGGAGUCUGUUCUUGUUUAUGAUGAGAAUAUGUUAUUUCCAUUUUCCUUCGUUUUA